GGUUCUCCUCAGCCCGGCCCAGGCCCAACAUAACGCAGGCCGAAAUCCCAACCAGCCCCUCCAGUCGUCUCUCCCUCCGCUCAGAGCCCUCACUCCCCCAACUCUCGCCAGGUGGCGGCGUCGGCGGCGGCGGGCGGGCGAUCGGCGGGGCAGGUCCACGGCGUCCGUGCACCGGGCGGACACACGGGAGCUGCCGGAGCAGCCGCCGACCGAUAGGGCGACCGUCUGGUCAAGCUGUUCUUAGGAUGAGGUCCUCCAAGACUAAUGGGAGCGUGCAGAAGGCGGGGAGAGUUAGCCAUGCCCAGGGAGAAGGGCCGAGCUGGGUUCUUGUCGCAGGAGGAGUUCUGGUUAGCACGCUCUCGGUCAGACUUGGGUGCAAGCUGAAGCAGAUGUUUGAUACCAAGAAGCAAAAUAGUACAUCCAGAGCCAAAAGAAGACCUGGAGCUUGUGAACUACACUCCAAUCUGUACCGGUUUGAUGAUGAAACCAAUUGCUACUGCUGUGUCUCAGAUGGUGGAGUGGAAAUCAAGCAAGGACCUGCAAGUUCUUUAUCGAAACCUGAUGAACCCUCCCUUCCUCUUGCAAAGAUACCAGGGCCAGAAUCAAGCAAAGAGAACAGUGGCGUCAUGUGGACAUCAUCGCCUGACCGGCUUGAAGAUCAUCGCAGACCAUUGCAGUACUCAAACAGUUCUGGCUCUCCUUGUGUUUCAGAAUCAGGAUCUGACAUUUAUAUCAAGAGAGAGGUCAUACAGAAGUUGAGACAGCACCUCAGGAGACGUGAUGAGAUGAUCAUGGAGAUGCAAGCACAGAUAGCUGAUCUCAAGAACUCUCUCAGCAUCGAGGAAACGCAGGCCGCCAAUUUGCAGUCCCAGCUGGAUGGUGCCAAUCGAGAUCUGUUCGAAUCCGAGAGGGAGAUCCAGCAGCUAAGGAAGAUCAUCGCGGACCAUUGUGUGGCAGAAGCACUCUCCCGCGACAAGCCUUUGCAAGCUGGAAACUGGCAACCAGAUGCUGCCAAUGGGCAUGCGAAUGGCUACGCUGAUAGCAGCAUUGAUGACCCUGAGCUGCACUGUAUCGGUGUUGAGAAGAGGAAUGGUGAGGCAGAGAGGGUGGAGAUGCUCAAGAGAGAGGUCGGCGAGCUGAAGGAGGUGAUAGAAGGGAAGGACUUCCUGCUCCAGAGCUACAAGGAGCAGAAGGUGGAGCUCUGCUCGAAGAUGAGAGAGCUGCAGGAAAGGCUCUCGGCGCAGGUGCCCAACAUCUUGUAGGAUCUACUCCACAAGCUCGCUACAAGGCGCAAUUUGCUAGGGCUAAGGUAGCUAGCAAAUUGGUGUUGUCAAGGGAUUCACAGGAAAAGAUUUCGUCGCACGUGCUAGGGUCUUUGCAGAAUGUUACGUUGAUUCGUUUUUCUUUCCCCUCAGUUUUAGUCCUUGGUUGCUCAGUGUUAAAAGAAGGGCUUACUUUUUUCAGUUGCUAGGGCUAGGUAGGAUACUGGACCUGGAUGAGUGUUGUAUAGGUUUUUCGGGUUUGCAGGCGUGAUCGUGUUACGUGCCCCCUCUUUUAGCUCGGCGUGGUUUAGGCCAGUGCGGCUUCAAAUUUGUGGACUUUUUUUUAGUAAUGGCUUUGUUUCUCUGUA